UCAAAAAAUCGGAGACGUUACCUGGAGGAGGAGCAGCUGAUCGCCUCAACACAGGAUACAGAAACCACACGAAGACUCCUCAUUGUCCUCGUCACCGUGACCAUGAGUGCCCUAACUGGUCAAUGCAGCACUAUCCAGGAGCAGAGGGACCGCUGGGAGAGGAAACGCAGCCGAACAGCCAAAGAGUUGGUGAAGACGGAACAGUUUUACUGCGAACAGUUGAAGCUGGUCACCACUUACUUUGUGGAGAUCCUGAAGGCCAAAGGAACCCUGGGGCCGGACAUUAGAGAAAACAUCUUCAGUUCAAUUAAAGAAAUUCAUUCCGUAAACCAAUCACUAUUGGUCCAUGUGGAGAACAGCUACUUUGGCCGAGGUUUCGACCAGUUCUGUCCACAUCUGCAGCACUACAACACGUAUGUGGACAACAUCUAUAAUGCCAGCAAAGUGCUCGGGAUCACGCUGAAGAAAAACAAGGCGUUCAGACGUUUCAAGAAACUGCAGGAAUCCCGAGCAGAGUUCAAGGACCACAAGUUGGAGGAUUUACUGCAACUUCCCGUUCAGCGGAUUGAUCAGUAUAUGCAUUUCUUACAAGACCUGACUGCCAACACCACUCCAGACAACCCGGAGUUUGAGCAGCUUUCAAGGGCGGUGACUGCGGUGAGCGAAGUGUCCCAGCGCAUCCAGAACAAUACCAGGCGCCAUGAGAACCACCUGCAGCUUUGCCGUGUGCAGAAACUGCUGAAAGGACGGAGUACAAAGGUGCUGGCUGCAGGGAGGUGGUACAUCCGCGAGGGCUGGCUGAACAUGGUUCCUCCGAAAGGUAAAGAGGCCAAGCCCAAGAUGUUCUUCCUGUUCUCCGACAUGCUGCUGCAGGCCAAGCGCUGCAGUCCCCUGGAUCCCACCAAUGGAGACAAGUUCACCGGCCAGCACAUGUUCCCCCUGAAGGCCUGCGCUGUGGAGAAGGUGUUUGGACACACCAAGAGCAAAGGAGGCCUGCUCAGCUUAACCUUCCCCAAAGCCAAACUCCUGCUGAUGUCCAGCAACCAGGAGGAUCUGAAUGACUGGUACCAAAGCCUGAGCUCAGCAAUCAGGAAGCUGCAGUCGAAAGAGACCGUGGUCUAUCAAAGAGCUGAGCCGCCGCCGCGCCAGAGAGCCCUGCACGCCGCCGACAGCCACAACACACCGAGCAGCAGCAGCAGCAGCAGCAGCAACCCUGUCAGGAAGAGAAACAUGGAGACCAGUGAGGACAGGGAACGCGCUCAGAAGCCUCCAGUUGAGUGGGAGGGCAGCGCCCCCAAGAGGAUGAAGCAGUCUGAUGCUCCAGGGCAGAGUGUGGAGGUGUCCACCUCUGGCUGUGUGAUCCUCUGAUGGACCGACUGGUCUUCAGCGUCUCGGUGGAUCCAGGACGGUUCAGUCUGAGAGUUUCGUUUCAGACUGACGUCUGUGUUCCACUCUGCAACGCGACGCUCAUGCUACUGUUCGUCUGAGCUGCUCACGGCCUCUUUUUUUAUUCCUUCACUGUUCUAACAUGAGGUCUGGAGAAGUCUGGCUUGUUACUAACAGCAGCUUCAGCCUCUGCUCAUCCUGUGCAAUAUAACGUAUCAUCGAUGUGCUGCUUGAAAACCAAAUAUCUGAUGAAUGUUCACCACUUCUGUCCUUAUUCAUAGUCUGUGCCUAAAUGUACAUCUUCCGCUUGUCUUUUUAUUUCAGUCGGGAUUUUAUAUUACAUUUACCGGCCGACUGUAGACACAAGAAAUGACAAAAAUACAAAUAGCAGAGAUCUGAAUAGCCGCUAAAGAAACUAUAAAUACAUGAGGAAAGUCACUUUAUAACAUGUGGACCAUCACUGCUUUGAAACAAGCGUGGCUGUGAUCUUCACCUGCGCUCACUUUCACUGACUUGAAACAUGAAGCUGCCACUGAGCUGUUUUCAUCACCUUUACAAGCAAUGAAGCAGCCAUGUGGAAUUCUCUGUAAUCCAAAGUGUGAGUAGUGAUUAUGGAUGGAAAUACAAAAAUGACCAUAAACAUUAUGAAAUGAUUAAUCAUAUUAAUAGAGAGUAAAAUAUAAAAUCUAUAAACCAAAAAUUGUAAUGAUAAACAAACACACAGAAACAUUUUAAUAUUGAACUUUAUCACAAAAAUAGUUUCUUUCCCAAUGCCCCUUUUUCUAAAGACAAAAACACACUCGUACUCAUUAAUCUUUCUAUAGCUGUGAGGACACUGUGACAGAAUGCAUUCCAUCGCUCUCACCUUAACCAUCACUUCUAAACGCUAAAGACUCAAACUGAUCCACAUCCUAAAUUAAACAUAAUUCUUACUCUAACAUUAAAUUGUCCUCAUCAUGGGAAAAUGUCCUUAUCACACCAGAAUGUUUGCCCAAUGAUGGUUUUAAACCAACAUUUGUCCUCAGAACCAUAGAAAUACAUGAACGCACACACACACACACACACACACACACACACACACACACACACACACACACACACACCACACACACACACACACACACACACACACACACACACACACACACACACACACACACACACACACACACCUUCCAAAGAAAAAUGCUGUUUAGAAAUAACCGUUUAAAAUUUAUUUUUAAAUUACGAUGUCUAUCAUUAAACUAAAUUCCAAUGUAACAAUGAAAUAAGACUCCAUAAAAAUGAAGAAAUAAUAUUACACAGUCAUUUUCUGUUUCAUUACACAGUUUAAUUAUUUAGCCAUUUAUUGGUGCAUUUUACUAUAUUUAAUAAUAUGAUUAUUUGUUUCAUAAUGUUUUAUUUAUUGAGUAACUAACAAUUAUUAUGACUAGGUAUUUAUUUUUGUUCAUCUUCUGCAUGCCAUCAUUUAAUCCCACUGAACAUGAAUAUAUGAAUUAUCACGUUAUUGAUCACAGCCACAGAACGAGCCCUGACGUCAUAUCACUGCUCUGACAUUUUUAUAGAAAUGUAUGAUUCGAUUGUUUUGUUGCCAAAUACACACCCGGUAUUCAUAGCUUUGACAUGGGAGACAUACAGUGGGGACGUCUGUCUUUUCAUACUUGAUGUUCAAUAAGUGCAUUUAAUCAUGUGCACUGUAUUUUAGAAAUGACAUCAUGUGUUUAUGGGGGUUUCAGUGAAAUGUGAACAACCAGGCAUGAAAACCUGGUCGUUCACUGCUGAUUAUCUAAAUACCUUUUUUAUUUUUACAUUAUCACCAUUAUAUCCUUUAUGCUACAUUAUAUUAUAUCCUUAAUGAGCCAAUCAACAAAUAUAUUCUUCUUUUCUAUAUGAUAGAUUUUACUAACUCUGUUUUAUGUAUUUAAAAGUUGUGUGGGUAUUUUACAGUUUAUUUUUAUUAUAUUAUUCUUCGUGUUUUUUAAUGAUUCUGUGUAAAGCUGCUUGCAAAUCAUACAAAGGAAUGGAAUUGAUGGCAACUUUGCAAUAAAACUCUAAAAAGCAGUC